CGCCGGGCAGCAGGACUGGACGAAGCUGGAGGUGGGUUGGGGAGUGUCGUGAACACUGACAGGGAGCUCCGGCGCUUUCUCCGAGUUCAUUCAUCCCGCUGCUGUCGCCGUCGCGGUACGCGGCCCGGCCCGCUGAGUGGUGUAGUGGUUGAAACUCAGAAUAUGUCAUUUCCUGUGGAUUUUGUGAACACCUGCAGCCAUGAGGACUUGAAGAAUUCAGGAGAGGCCUACAUGUCUGUCCUUCGAUGUAGGAAUCGCUUCCCUCUGGACUCCUUGUCUCUGCGAGACCGUGGCGAAGUUCCUAUUAACUUGUCAACUGUGGGCUUCGUUCCUAUUUAUGGUGAAGAUCUGACACACAAAGUUCUUGCUUUGUUUGCACCAUGGGACUCGCUAACAGCUGUAGCCCUGUAUCUUGCUGACCAGUGGUGGUCAAUAGAUGACAUUGUGAAAACAACUGACCCUCCUAGACAAGGGCUUCUUCAGGUGAAGUCUGUUGGAGAGAGAAUUAUUCUCUAUGUUCUGAAUCGAAUUAUCUAUCGGACACAAGAAAUGGAAGGAAAUGAGAUACCUUUUCUCUGCCAUGGUAGCAAUGAAUAUGCUAAGAUCAUGUGGAAAGAUGGAGAGGCUAUUGGAUUCUAUUCAGUUAAACCUAAAGGAAGUGUUUGUAGCUCUUAUGAUGGUGUACACUAUAGGCUGCCAGUGCUAAACACAAUCUUUGUAAGAAAGAAACAUCGUGGGAAAGAUUCUGGGUUAAUCAUUUUGGAAGACUUUGUGGAGUCCUUUGCUGAAGGCCCACUUGGCUUACGAUACCCACUGUCACCCUUCAUGUACACAGCUUGUAAGCAAUAUCUUGAGAAGUACCCUGAGGAUCAUAACCUUUUGUGGGAAGUGCAAGGAGCAGGAUAUUGGUUCCAGAGAAAAUCUGUUGCAUAUAUAUUGCAAAUGGAAAAGCUCAAAAUGGCAGUCACAGCAGCAGAGUCUUCUCAGAAAGAAAAUGAGAAUUCCCAAGUGAAGGAUCAUGUUCAGCAGUCUGCAACAGUGUCUGAAGCAAGUGAACAGAAGACUGAGCUAGAAACACAGCCAAAUGCUGACUCUCAAAACAGUAAAGAAUCAGCAGAUGUCCAUGCAAGCACAUCUGAAGACUCCAACAUAGCUCCUGCUUCAGUUUGGACACGGAACAGUCAUUUAAGACGUCUCAAGUUAGGAAAAUAUAGGCUGGAAUCUGAACCUCAGACUCCUCAAAGACACGAGGAAAGUGCUCUUCAUAUGUCAAAAAGACCAGAUUUUUCUCCCCACACCUGUGAUGACUAUAAAGACUUAGAAGUACCUCAGGAUGAUACUGUUUUGAUGGAUGAGGAAAUAAGUACUGAAGAUAACAAUCUGGCUGUGUUAGAAAUGGAGGUACAUGUACCACGCUAUGAGAAACAGAGUGAGAAAGAGGAAGCUCCAUCAGAACCCCUGAAUGGUGAGGUAAGAGAAGAAACUGCUAAGACUUCACUUAUGACUGAAGAGGAAACAGCAAAUAAAGCUCUAAGUGAUGAACCAAAAUUACAGUCUGAGAGUCAAGGAGAAGAACCUGUGACACUGAUUGUUCCAUUAAUCCUUGAGUCUCCAGCAAAAUCAUCAGAAGACACAGCACUGGAGAAGGUUUUAAAUGUAAAUGAUUCAGAAGUGCUGACUGAAGAAAGUACAUCAGUGGAGAAGGGCACUGAAGGACAGCAAGACUCUGAAAAGAAAACCACUGAAAAUGCAGCUGCUUCAGCACAGAAGGAAGAGCCCUCUGACAAUGGGCUGCCCAACUCCACGGUGACUGAAGCAGCAGAGGAAUCUGUCUCUGAAAACGUAUCGUCCAAAACAGCUUCCUCAUCAGAAGAUCAAAAUGAGGACACAGGGCACAACUCACAUGAGACCCCUGUUCCCUUGAGUCAGAGCUCUUUGAUAAUGGUUGAACUUGAGGGUGUUUCUUUUCAGGUACCUCCUGGACAGGAAGGACAGAAGAACCAGGUGGAAGAGCAGUCAAAGGAGUCUGAGCAGACACAGACAUCAACAGAGUGGGCUGCUGACAGCAGCUCUGAGGAAGCAGAAGUUGAGGUACCCAUCAUAGACAGGAGAAACCUGCGGAGAAAGGCCAAAGGCUACAAAGGUCCACCCAAGAAAAAAGGAAAGCCAGCUUAAUGAAAUGUUUAUUGAUAAUUCUUCUAUUUAUAAGGAAGUUAUUUUUUUUGUGUAGAACACUAGGGUGUAACUAAACUAUAUGAGACACAGGGCACACAUUUAAGAUUCUGGGUUGGAGUUCAUUUUGGGAUUCAUCACCUUUCCUCAAGCGUUCUUAAAUUUUUAACCAGUAGACAUUGAGCUUUGUCAGAAUGUGAAAGUAAACAACCACUCUCCUCCUUUUAUACGGGACAUGUACUGAAUAAAUGCUUGCAGUUGUGCUAGCAAAGGGAGCAGUUUGCAUAUUUGAGGUGUCAGUCAUGGAAGAGAAGUCAAAUCCUGGCCCUAUUAAGGUUCCUUAAAUUCCCAUAGCCUUCCAUAAGGCCAGACAUCACUCUACCAUUUGUUUUGUGUUCUCUGCUGUGGAGAGAAGCAUACCAAGAAAAUUCCUUCUUUGUUUCUUGUUCCCUCCCCAUAGCUUCUCUCAGCUGAUCUUAAAAUACCCAAGAAGAUGUAACUCAGUAGAUAAAAAACAGCAUAAACAGCAUCUGUCUUUCAUGACAAUCACUUGAAACAGCCAAGUCAGUAGAAACAUGUUCAGUGCAGUAUCUGCCGUAGUGCACUCUAAUAGUUAAGUUAUGCAGAUGAAGACAUGUCUACACAGUAAACUGUUUGUGGCUUCCAAAGCAAGCAUCUCAAUAACUGCAAGUUUUUCCAGAGUGCAUGGAGUGUAGAUUUCAGUACUUCUACAGAAUUGUUUGAACUGCCUUCCUAACUUCUUGCAUGUGUUGAGCAGAUACUUGAUUGCUUGUUAUGUUGCAGGAAAAGGAUAUGACAACUUUUUGAUCUUGUUUGGUCUGAAUGGAAGUGGUGCUUUGUUUUCCAGAUACUUGGCUGGUGUUGUAGAGUAGCUGUUAAAAUACUGUGUCUGCCAGGUGUGUGACUCCUUUGAGUGCUGGCAUUUCAAGUGGUUGUGGCAUUAAUUAGUGUGACUAUUAGUGGGGCUCUCAGCAAAUGCUUGUUUGCCAAAAUUCUGUGCCUUUAGGAGUUAACAGGUGAUUGCUUGCAAAUACGUAUGGUUCUCAAUUCUAAUUUGGAUGUAAUUCCUAUGAUGAUAGCUUUCUUUUUAAAAGCAGCAAGCAAACUUUGCUGUGUGCCCACAGAAAUAAAACCAGACUUUUCAUGCAUGUUUUCCUUCACGGGCUGUCCUGGCAAACCAGGUAUUUAAUUUGUCACAUAUAGCGUAAGUUACUCCUUUUUAACCCAUUACAAGAGGAGUGUCAUUUAUUGAAAGAAAUAUAGCAAAGAGCAAUGGUUCCAAGAACAUGAAGCCACACCACUGUUAGUCUUGAUAUAUGCAUUUUCUAAGACUGGUGAACUAGUCACAAUGUCUCAAAAGAGGUAUCUAGAAUUACUGUUCAGGACUUUUGAGUACAAGGUUCACUUGAAUAGCUGCAAUACUGUCUUGUCUAGGAACCUAAUGUAAGAAUCUCGUUUUCAGUUUUUAUGCUUACUCUUUUUUUUUACUGUAUUUAUAAGCUAUUUUAACUGUAUGAGAUACAGUCAUAGUAUUUCACCUGGGGAAGUACUGUGUUCCUUUUUAAUCUGUUAAGAGCAGCCUAUAUGGGUAAAAAGACUGUUUUAAAGAAAUGUUUAUUAUUUAAAUCUCAGAUUCAGGGUGCAUGGGAUGACUGAACUAAAAUCUGGAUUUUUUUAACUACUUCAUGUAGCUGUAACUUCCUUUAAAUGUACGGAGGUGCUCCUGUUGAGUGCCAAGGUUCAAGAUCUUUCAUGAGGGCUUGUAAACAUAUUCAAGUGAACCUUAGCUAUUUCUAAAACUGAAAAAGCAUUUUCCAUGAAGAACGAGACAACACUUCUGCAUCUUCUGCAUUUUUUUCUCUUCUAGUGCUAAGUUUUCUUGUCUUUAAAAAAACAAACAAAAAAAAAACCCAACCCCCAAAAAACCCAGGGGUUAGAAAACACGUAUUGUAUUGCAUUGAUAAGAAUUUGGGAUUUGUGAGGGCUGGUGGCUUAAAGAGUGGUUGUAUACAGUAUACCGUGACUCAUCAUCUGUUUUUAGAGCAAGCUUUAAGGAAGUUUAAUCUGCCAAAUACUUCAAUUGAUGUAGAUGUACUCAGUUACUUAUAGAUGUAUUUUUAGUGUGUUUGUUUACUGCUUGUAUUCUCUGUGAGGUCAGAAAACAGCGUUUGUGAGAAAGCAACAUUAUUCAACUGGCUUUUACUUUCCCUGGCUAAGUUGGAACUGAUCUCACAGAACGGUAGGGGUUGGCAAGGGCCUCUAAAGAUUUUCUAGUCCAACCCCCGUGCUCAAGCAGGUUCACCUAGAUCAGAUCACACAGCAAUGCAUCCAGGCAAAUUUUUAAAACCUCCAGAGAACAGCUCCCUCACCCUCAUGGUAAAGAUUUUCCUUAAGUGGAACUUUUUGUGUUCCAACUUUUGUCCAUUCCCCUUGUCCUAUCAUUGGACACUACAGAAAAAAUGUCGCCCCAUCCUCUUGACAUACACCUUUCAAGUACGUGUAAGUGUUAAUGAGGUCUCCCUUCAGUCUCCUCCAAGCUGAACAGUCCCAGUUCCUGCAGCCUUUCCUCAUAAGGGAGAUACUCCAGUCCCCUGUCAUCUUGGUAGCCCUGUGUUGGACUCUCUAGAAAUUUCCUGUACCUCUUGAGGUGGGGAACCCAGAACUGGACACAAGACUCCAGAUGAGGCCUCACGAGGGCAGAGGACAGGGGGAGGAGAAUCUCAACCUGCUGGCCACACUCUUCUUGAUGCAUCCCAGGAUGUCAUUGGCCUUCUUGGCCACAAGGGCACGAUGCUGGCUCAUGGUAGUUUAUUAUCAACCAGGACUCCCAGGUCUCUCUCUGGAGAGCUGGGUGGCUGCGGGGCUGUUGCUCUUAUGUAUUUGCACUCCUCUCUCCUGAUGCAGUUUUGCACCUGCACUGUAACUUUCUUCCCUCUCUCAAAUGUGCUGACACUGUCACUGAUGGGCUUGGCCUUGGCCAGUGGUGGGGUCCAUCUUGGAGCCAGGUGGCAGUAGCUCUAUCAGACAUGGGGGAAGAUUCUGGCAACUUCUUACAGAAACCACCCCUGUACCCCCCUCUGCUACCAAGACCUUGUCAUGCAAAACCAAUACAAGUGAAAGCAAGCAGUAUUGUUUUGGGGAUUUAGUCUAGGAAUGAAGUUUAGAGCCUUAGUGAAUAGUUUUGUAUUUGAAUCCAACACUUGUUCAAAUGUAUCUCUUGCUGUGUUUGUUAAUUUUUAAUGGGACUUGCUUUUCUUUUGGUCUUCUGUUUGUGCAAGCUUCUUGUUUGCUGUUUUCAUGUUUCAUAGCCCUUUACACAAAUAUGUCUUACUGGAAAAGUACUUCUCACUUAAUUGGAAAAGGUGUCUGACCUUUGUGUGUUGCUUUUUUAUACCCUUUAAUUUCUAGAUGUAACUAAUGGAAUUAUUUCCAAUGUCAUCAACACUACCAAGUACAUAGCAGCAGACCUCAGUUUCAGCUUCUCUGCUUUAAGUGACCAUUCUGAAAUUUUAUUUCCAAGAGAUGUCUAAAAUUAUUUCCACAAAUGUGGUGUUAGAUGUCUUCUAAACUGGGGAUACCCUCUUUAUAAAUCUUAGGAAAGAUGUGUUGCUAUUCUAGAGUAUUGUACUUCAGUCUUGUUACAGUGCUUGUUUUUCCUUUUGUAGUACUGUUGGCUCUUUUGAAAUGUUUUGAAGUAGUAAUUAAACAUAUUUUGUGAUCUUUU